AUGACACUCCUGGAGGACCACCUACAGCAAGCAGGCCCCAUGGCACCUCCUGACCACCUACAGCAGCAGACCCCCAGGAGACCCCGUGACACACCUGGAGGACCACCUACAGCAGCAGACCCCGUGACAUCCCGGAGGACCACCAACAGCAGCAGACCCCGUGACAAUCCUGGAGGAUCACAGCAGCAGCCCCGUGACACACCUGGACCACCUACAGCAGCAGACCCAGUGACACUCCCGGAGGACCACCUACAGCAGCAGACCCGUGACACUCCUGGACCACCUACAGCAGCAGCAGCAGACCCCGUGACAGACCACCUGCACCCUGUGACACACCUGGAGGACCACCUACAGCAGCAGACCUGUGACAUUCCUGAGGACCACCAACAGCAGCAGACCCGUGACAAUCCUGAGGAUCACCUGGUGACACAGACCACCUACAGCAGCAGGUCCCGGUGGACCACCUGCAGCAGACCCCGUGACACUCCUGAGGACCACCUACAGCAGCAGCAGCAGAGCACUCCCGGAGGAUCACCUACAGCAGCAGACCCCGUGACCUGCUGGACCACCUACAGCAGCAGACCCCUACCCCAGCAGCAGACACAGACCACCUACAGCAGACCCCGUGACACUCCUGGAGGACCACCCACAGCAGCAGACCCUGUGACACACCUACCAGACCCCUGUGACCACCUCCUGAGGACCACCUACAGCAGCAGGCCCCACCUGGAGGACCACCUGCAGCAGCAGACACCCAGCAGGCCCCUUGACUCCCUGGAGGACCACCUACAGCAGCAGACACACCUGAGGACCACCUGCAGCAGCAGACACCGUGACACACCUGAGGAUCACCUGCAGCAGACCACCUACAGCAGCAGACCCCGUGACACACCUGGAGGACCACCUACAGCAGCAGGCCCUUCACUGGAGGACCACCUACAGCAGCAGACCCUGUGA